GUGAAAAUUAUACCUGCGGAGCAAGCUUGUCAUAUGUGUUAGUAAUAUAUUAUAUCAAAUAUAUAUGUUUUAUAAUACAUCAUUUAAUUCACUCGUACGUUUGGGUGAAUUCAAGUUGACAUAAAUGACUGCAGGCUAACUGCAGUUUAUCUGCGGAUUAUCUUGACACAGACCAAUCAGGAUGCACUUCUAAUAUGAAAGGUUGAUUCGAGUUUUGGACUUUUUGGCACCCGGUGAUUUGUUUAUGGAGGUACGAAAACCACAGAAUUGCAGAAGAAGAUAGUAAUGAUAUAAAAAAAAUGAUUAAAAUAUCCGCAUUGAACGAAGAUACAAGCGAGGAGAGCGAAGACGAUGAUGUACCGACGAUAACCAAAGAAGCUCAGGAACAAAUCGCGCUCACGGAGUACAAUAAAGCCUUGGACCUACUUCGACAGAAUAGGAACGAAGAUGCCUUGACGCUCCUGAAAGAUCUUCUUGACACCGAGCUAUUAGAUCAAGUCGAGAAGCCCCAGAUACCCGAUGGCAGACCACGGCCAAUGCUGUCCCUGAAAUAUUCUUGUUUUAAAAACAUCGGUGCAAUACAGGCACAAAUCGGGAAUUAUGAAGACGCGAUAGACAAUUAUUGGGAAGCUACAAAUCUCGAUGAUACAGAUGUGAUGCUCUGGUACAAACUGGGGACUUUGGCUACGAAGACUUACAACCUUGAAUUAGCCUGUUCAUCUUUUAAAUAUGGUUUAAAGUGCAAUCCUAAUCAUUGGCCAAGUCUAGAUAGCAUAAUAACUGUCUUGUAUGCAGUUCCUGAUUAUAUGAAUUGUCUUUUAUACAUUUCAAUGGCUUUGGAGAGAGAUUCCAGUUACAUUAAAGGACUGGCCUUCAGAGAUAAAAUUUUCAAAGAUAUUCCUAGCUUCGGAGAAUGCUACAAGGUUUACAAUAGUGAUUGGGAAUUGGACCCGUCAUUAGACACAGAAUAUGAUCGCGUUAUUGGAGAUCAAUUAUUGGCAGAGGCUAGAGACCUGGCUGAGAAAUGGGCUGAAGCUUGUAGACCGGAAUUUAGCCUCAAGCCGCUUCCAGAUUUGGUCUUGAACAAACCCAUAGCUGAGUUAACAUGGCUCAAUCUGGGAGAAAGCUUAAUAAGCAUGCAUUCGCACAUUACAGACAAUAAUUAUAACUUUGUCAGCCAUAUUAAGCUCCACAUACACCAGGUAGACGCAACGAAAGAUGAUGGAAAUACCACAGGUGAAAACUGCAUCAAUACGGAACCUGGAGGGACUGAGAAACAACAAAAUGCUGAAAACGUCACAAAUUUUGUUAGGAUCGAAGAAAUGCACAAUCAAAUUUUUGAAGAUAAAACCAUUAUGCUUGUCGAAGAAGAUGGAGAUGAAAUUGAAGCAUUAGAUAAUGAAAAUGAUAUUCAAAACGACGCUGACAAUUUUGACAGAAAAAAUGAUUCUCCGAUUUCUGACCUUAAAGAUAACAUUGAUACUGAUAUGGAGGUCGAUCUGGAAGAUGAGAGGAAGUCAUCUUCUAGUGAUAUCCAAAUAAUAGAAGAUGAAGAUCCUUUAAAGAUAUUGGACCCGGAAGACCUGCAACUGGAAGAACCAAUUGUUAAUAAAAAGUCGAAUCAGAUUACCUUGGAGACUGAGACUGAUUUAGAAAAAUUGCCAACUGGUAAAUGUACAGAGCAAGUUGUCAGUUCGGAAGAUAAGUCCAGCGAAAAAGAACCACACAAUGAAAAGUUGGAUGAGAAACUCAGUCAUAAGUCAGACGGUGCAGCUACGGACAAGUCUUCUGACAAACCGUCGAAAGCUGAAGAUAAAUCUAGCGAAAAAACAGAUGGCAAAGAAGAAGGUAGAAAGGUGAAGAAGCGACGUAGAAGUUCACUCUGCUUUUUGGAACAAUGGGCUUGGAGCAGUGGAAGUAUGAGGAGGUCGGCACGAGUUCGAAGUUCAAAUCGACGUGAGGCGGAGCGAGAUGAUGUUCAGUUAGAAGAAUCACUUAAAAGAAUAUUUCCCAGUAGUUUAUUACCAGACACUGUGCGCCUCAGAAAAGAGAAUCCGUUGAAAUCUAUGGAGGAUUCAAUGGAUACAAUGGAUUUGUACAGACUAUUUGCAUGUCGUGAAAAUGGGAGCAAUACUACGGAAGGUUCCAAGAGUUCAGAUAGCUCGAAACCUGGCAGUCCUAUAUCUAAUGAGAAUCAAGAGCUGUACUUUGGUACGGACAAGGAAAAAGAUGAUGUGGCAGCAUUCAUCGCUGAACAUACCGAAAAAAGUAAUCUAAUGAUUAUUGUGGCUAAGUUUACUGAAUUUUUGUGUACAAAAUGGAAUCAUGUCUGGCCCAAAGGAUUGCCUGAAGUAUACUUGGAAACAUAUGAAUUUACCAGGCAGCACAUUCCGCAUCCUUCACCCUUCAAUGAUGAUGCGGAUGAUAAUAUUUUAAAACUCGAUGCCGAGAUGACACUUUUGUUCGGAGAAUUGCACACAGAUAGAUGGCUGAAUAAUAAACCAGGAAUUUUGCCUAGUUCAACUGUUGAUAAAAUGGGCACUGGGCUGCCAUCCGAAGAGUUGGGUCAAAUAAUAUUUACGAGUGUUCGAGAUGAUUUGUUCAAUGAGCAGUAUGUGUUAUUCUUCUUCAGAGUCCUCUGGUUAAAAGCUAACUUAUUUUUGUGCCAAGGGGACACUGAUAUCGUGAUUGAAAGCUUAGAAUCGCUAUUAUGUCAUCUCAAAGAAUUACAAGGCAAAGGCGACAAUAUGUUUCUAAAACUUCCAAACUGCAAACAUAAUUCGUACAUAAGCAUUAAAUCUGUUGAAAAAAUGCUGAUUUCAGUACAAAGAGGCAAAAAACUGCGAGAAAUUCAAUACCUGCAUGAAGAGAAAAAGUACUUCGAACUAGCUAGCAUUUUGCAAGAUACGUUCAAAUUUGCUAAACAACAGAACAAGUUGAUGGUCAAUAAUGAUGAAGUUAUUGAUCGAGCUGAGCAACUUUCGAUGCUACUCGAUAGCUUGUGGCAGCUAGAACAAUAUGAGGAUUGUUACAUUUGGUCAGAAGCAUGUCUGAAUGAGGCAUGGCGCAAUUAUUUAAACACCACUGAUGAAAUAGAACAAAAAAAGUGGACAACAGCUGUAUUAAAUUGUCUCACAAGACUCGAGGCUUGUGUUUCCGAAGUCAGUACGUUUGUAGUACGAUAUCUGCCUGCGUCGCGUCUUACGAGAUUAGUACAAAAUUUGGUUCAUAUUGUUUGCUACCAGCUGGAUGUACCGGAAAAUGCUAUUGAAAUGCCUCUGGAAACAGUAUUGCCCUGGAUUCUGUUGCAUCAUAUUCUGCAACAUGAGGAAGAUAAAGAACGGGCUAAACCAAAAGUACAGCAAAAAAAUAAAUCGCAUAAUUUUAACAACUCGGACUCUGAUGAUGAAGAAGAAGACAUUCCUGCUUCAUUGAUGCUCUUAUUCACGGCUCAUGAAUUCCUCGGACGACGUUCUUGGUGCUGCAUCAAUGAAGCAAAGCUAUUGUUGUUCGUUAUGAACGUCACUAUACCAAAGUUAAAAACGCCUCAACUAAAUCCCGUUAGACAUAAACUAACGAAAUAUGUUGAGCAAGUUCUUUACUGCUUGUAUGCCUAUCCGAGUAAAACUAAUAAAUCUAAAGCAAAAUAUUUGGAGGAGCAUGGAGUCCCGCAAAUGAAAUUGACCUGGGAAACUGCUCAACAAUUAUACGACUUUUAUAAGCUUGAUGUAUUACCUGCUAUAGAUGACUACAAAGUAUUGUCAAUUACCUCAGAAAUGGAGAGUCUUUUCAAAAAAAUAACACGCUUAGUUCCACCAGAGAGCGAUCCAGCCCUAAUAGCCGAUGACAUGUUGGCAUACAUAAGGAGAGACAGAGAAAAAAUGCCUACUGUCCCAAAAUCUUUGCCAUAUCAGAUAUCCUCGAUCUAUUAUUUACUGGGAGACUACUAUUUCAAGUCGAGUGAUUGGUCGCAUGGUAUUCGAUACUAUUUAUUGGACUUAUGUCUACAUCCUCUAAGAUUUAAUUCAUGGGCUGGUCUUGCCAUGGCUACUGGUACACAGCUGCAAAUCAGAUUAAACAGUUGCCAGACCCUUAAGAAUGAAAAUAGCUUUUUGGACAAAGCUAAGAUUGCUCAAUAUAGUUAUCAGCGAGCAAGUGAAUUAACUCCUGGACACUCAGUUACCUGGAUCGAAUAUGGAAAUUUUGUGUACAUGGUUCACUCCUUCUGUUCUCGAGUUCUUAAACAAGAAGCUCACAAGUUGAGUAUGGAAAAGUUUGAGAUAUUGGAAACCAGAAAAGAUAUGAUGCUUGAACUUGCUGCUCAUUGUUUCUUAUCGGCGAAUAGGCUGUUGAAUGAAUCUGCAGGGUUGCAGGACGACAGAUGGUUGACUUACUAUAUCCUUGGAAAGAUUGCCGAGAAGAAAAAUGAAGAUCCUCCUGUAUUUUUAGAAAAUUAUCAUAAGGCCAGUUUAUUUUUGUACGAAAACAACGCAAGCUACCCUAGAAAAAUCAAUUACAGCAACCCUCACAACCUUUCUGUUGAAGCAUUAGAAGUUUACUAUAGAGUACAUGCGAGUAUAUUAAAAUAUCUUGAGCAGCAUGAGGGAAAACCUUUGAAAAAAUCUCUGGGACUAUUGUUCCAACAGUACUUAAAGAGCUGUGCAAAUAGUGCCUUUAUGAGGUAUCAGUCAAAAAGCAAUCUCAAGAAAGGGGAAGAAGAUGGGUCAGAUUCUGAUAGUAGAAUUAUUUCUAAGGACACAAGGAAAAUCAUCGAGUAUCCUCGACACAUCACAACAUUGGAACAGCGUUCGAAUAGUAUCGAAGAAAUUGAGAUUAUUGAUAAAUCCAAAGACAGACUAGUACCUUGUAAGCUGCACGAUCAAACUAAGAAACGCUCUAGAGAAGACACAAACGAUUCUACAAAACGAGUAAAAUUAAAUAAUAUCUCGCAUUUACAAUUAAUGCAAGACGUGGUUGCAUUGAUAGAUGACUUGAUAACAAAAGUUUGCGAAAUUACUCAUUCUCAAGAGACUUCAGAGGAAGAUGUCGUUACGUUAACUUCUAGCGAUGAAAAUGAGGACUUGAAAUCUGAGAAGCGUAAACUAAAUGCUAUGGAAAGGUUUGACAAAGACUGUACACAGGCAAAGGCUGACUCAUCAAAGUCAAUGGGAGAACAGGGUGAUAAUGUAGUAAAGGCAGAAAAUAUUCAGGAUUUGAUGGAUGUACUAAUGAAACAAGCAAUGGAAAUAAGCCAAGAAGAAACCCAACAAUCAUCUCCUGAUGACGAAGAUAUCAGAAAGUCUGAGGGAAGGUGGCUACAGAAUGACGAUUCCACAGCCAAAGAAAUCAAACUGAGACAAGAAGAGAAGAAAAAAUUACCGGUUGAAGUAAUCAAAGAUGAUGUGGCUUUCAGCCGCAGAGGAUCGCAGGAAAGCACAACUACCACUCAGACUACAACUACAACUGAAACUAAUAACUCAAGUUCAAGCAGCAGCGAUGAUUCGAGCAGCAGUGACGAUAGCUCCGAUAGUGAUACAUCCAGUGAUAGUGACAGCGACUCUGACAGUGAUGCCGAAAAGAAAAAGAAAAGCAUCGAACAAAAAGAAGAAUUUUUAACGGAUGAAGAAGUUGGUACUUUAACGGCCUAUUGCCUAGCAGGUCUGGAGCAAUGCAUACUGCGUUUCCCACAACAUUACAAGUCUUUUUAUCGUCUGGCGCACUUCUUUUUUAAUAAUAAAACUAAAGAUAUUACAAAAUGCAAAGAUCUACUGCUGGGAACAUACAAUUGCCAAUUCUAUCCAGGAAAAUCAUUUCAAGGUCUUUUCUAUGAAAGGAAAAGUUCAAAUUUUUUUAAUGGUGUGUGGCGAAUUCCUGUCGAGGAAGUUGACAGAGGUGGCAGCUUUGCUUCACACAUGUCCAAGUGCACUACACUUCUUAUGCAAGUUCUGAAAGAAACUAAUGACAGUGAUAUGCUCAUGGAACUGGGAUCGCAGUUAUCUAAAAAACCUGAUUAUGAUAAGAAAUAUUUAAGAGACUCUGAAAGAGAACAACUGUCGGAUCAAGCCAUGACAUUAUGCUUACAAUCACUACGCACAAGAGUUUCAUCAAUGGGCCCUCCUACUGGUGCUGAAACCACGUCCUCAUGGAAAAACGAUUCUAGAAUACAAGUACUUCUCGAUGUUUACAAAACAUAUCAAUGUGUACAGAAGCAUUUCACGAAUACGGAUGUGAAGAACGUUGCCGAUCUCUUGACGGAUACUUAUAAAUCAUACAUUGGGAAUAGGAAUCUCGAAGGAAAUGUUCUGGACAUAGCAACUAAAUGGUGUCAACAACAAAUAGCUUUGAAUAAAACUGCAGUGCCUACUAGUGUUCCAAUCGUUAACACCCAAACUGUGGCUGUCACUAUCGCUAGCCCAAGUCCUGUCACCGUUUCUCAACUGCCAGUUACCGCAACUUUCACGCAGUAUUCGCAGAGUCGUAAGACUCACAAAACCUCAUCAAGUAGUUCCGGUCGUCCAAGAGGACGACCACCAAAUAUCAACAAAUAUCACCAAGCGAUGCAACAAAAUGCAAACAUGUUUAACCAAUUCAAUGCAAAAAGCGGUUUUGGAAACUACCUUGGUCAACACAGCAACCCUGGGCUUCUGAGUUCAUAUUUUAUGAAUCCACUAAUGGAUACGAAUGUUCUAACUGCUAUGCUGGCUAAUAUGAGUAGUAACAUGAUUGACCCAACUACAUUGGCUACUUUGAAUUAUCUGAAUCAAGUAGGCGGAAUCGGAGGGUAUCAAGAAGUUAUCAGGCAGUAUCAGAACAGUUUAUCCACCAUGACUAGUAUGGCUAGUGGUUUGAAUCCCAUUUCAAGUACUGUACCAAACAUCAGUAAUGUCACCACAAUGAGUACUGCAAGUAGUAGUGCUAAUUCUGCAGGUAGCUUGGGUCACGUAGGUCACUUGGGGAGUUUGGCAAACCUGGGAAGUCUGGGCAAUCUAGGAAAUCUCAAUAAUUUGGGAAAUCUUACGAUGCAACAGUAUCUAAAUUUGAGUAAUGCGACAUCGUCUAUAUCCAGAACUACUCCAAUUUAUCAUCAAGCUACCCCCAAAGCAACAACAACAACCACAACGACCACAACGACCAAGGAAAAGCCUAAUAUUUCAAUAACUCCUGUUAACACUUCAUCCACUCACAAAUCCUCUGCUAAAUCCUCUAAAAGCAGCUCCGGCAACGAUCCAUUGUCAGUUCAUACUUCAAAGUCUCAAACCGUACAGCCUCCGAAAACAUCAACACAAGUAUCGCUGUUAAAACCUUCCGUAAUUCAACAAGUUAAAUCCUUACCACCAAAGCAAAUGACUGCUCCCCAAAUUCGAGUUUCCAAAACCUUGACCGAGCCUCAACCUGCUCAUAAAAGCUCAUUGUCGCAUUCACCAGUUUUAAAGAGCGCCAGCUCAACAAGUCCGUCUUCUCUACCCCAGGCUGCACAUUCUGGAAUGAGCUCAUCCAUGGCAAUGAAGCCUCCGAUUCAGAUGAACUUGCCAUCUCAAGGUUCUGGCACGUCUUUGCAGCAUAAAUUACUGUCUAAGAAACAACAUCAACAGGCCCACCUAUCUGCUAACGUAGUUUGUCCACCCAAGAAGCAGAAAACAGCAAAAAAACUUCCAUCAAUUUCUAGCAGCUACCAGGAAUUGAUAAACAGUAUACCCAACAUCUCAUCUAUGUCUCAAGCGCCUUAUCUUUCUGCAGAAUUGACUGGCAUUUCACUUAGCCAAUUGCCUCCACUAUCCGGAUCAAAGGGGGCGAGCUCAAAGGGAACUGGGUACAGAAAAACAUCUAAUAAAUCUAAAUCAGCAGUAACAGACGUAGCUAGUACUCUAUCCAACCCAAUCUGUCAAUCGCAAUCCGUAGAAGCGAUGUCCGUACUGUCACAACUCCAACAACAUUCCCAUCUGGAAAUAAUUCCACAGCACAAAAACCAGCCCAAGUCCAAUAUGGAUUUUUCAAUAGGACUACCAUCGUCGCUUAGUGUUACUCAACAAAAAAUCAUCCCUUCCGAUUCACUCAGGCCUCCCGUUUCUGAUAACAUGUCUGUAUACGAACUCAGUAGAGGAAAACCUAUGAAUACAUCCAGUAGUACUUUGAAAAAAUCAGAAAAGUUGAAAAAAGACGGUGUCGAAAUAAUCACUUUGGAUGAUUAGAAUAAUAUUUUUUUUAUCCAGUAUUAUUACACGAAAAAUAACUGCCAACUAGCGAAGUACGACAAUAGAGUAAGCUGCGUUGUGUGUUACAUUAUCAAUCAGUUCACUUUCGUAUGCCACCAUAUGUAGUUGAAUCAGGCGGAAUCGCGCCAUUAUAUUUUCACAAUUUGACUGUUGAAGUAAUCACGAACAGAUGAUUUUAUAAUUUGACGCUGCAUUCGAGGGAGCCAACCAACGUUAUUGUAUUUUUUUCCGUCUAUAUUAGUAUGUACGUAUUAUAUGUUAUUAUGUUACACUACAUUUCCCAAACUAAUUACGAAUUGCAAAUGAAUACUUAUACUGUCUUGCAUUGGUACACGUAUGUUAUUAACUAAAGCUCAAGAUUUCUGAGUAUGGGAACUCUCGCAAUUAACUAAAGUUAUAUUUCUCAAUAGAUUAUAACUACCUUCGCAUAUAAAGUCACAAUUAUCCGCGAAUGAAUAUGAUUAAAUGAAUAAUCUGUUUGUAAAAAUAUUGAUAAUAAUUUCAUAAAACUAGAUACAUAUAUCAUGCUGCUGAAAAGAGCAUAUCUUAAUUGUGAGAGACCAGAAACCUUUUAAAUGUGAUAA